AUGGAAGGCCGAGGAUUAACUCUGCGGAGUAAAUCUCGUCGUCAGCGUCCUCAAAUCAGUGCUCCGAAACCCAUCUCCAGUCCCUUACCGCCAAAUACCAGAGCACCCGAUGCCGGCCCAAACACCAUCCCCGCAAGCAAGGACCGAGCUCCCCAGAGUGAUGCCACCGCCGAUUUGGUAAAAAGACGCUACUCCACCCGAUUCAAUAACCCGGGCGACAUUGAUACCAGUGCACCUCCUGUCCCCUCGCUUCCCCCGCCGGUGCCCGGGGGUGGAUAUGGUGGGCUACCGUCAACCACUGCUCAGAGGCAGCCAUCACCGGCGGAUGGCGCCCCCUCAUCAUCACUCAGAGUGGAUUUGAACGUUCUUCGGGAUCCUAGUCUACCGGUAGAGCGAUAUGUGGCCAAUCUUCUUGCGAACGCGUCCGAGGAGGAAAUCCAAAAAUACCAAGAAAGCCUUCGCAAAGUCAAAAACCGAACCUCGACCGACCUCCAGCAGAAUGUCUACCAGAACCGCACACAGUUUAUCAAAAUCAGCAAAGAGGCUGAGAAACUCAAGGACGAGAUGCGGACCCUGCGGACCCUCAUGGCUGAACUGACCAAUGCGCUCGGACAGACGACCGUAGGAAACAGUCCAAAUCCUAUGUCGCCAGUCGACGACCAGUUCCCGAAACGGAGCUCGAAUCGCAGCUCCGUCGCCAACCUGGAAAGCAUGUGGAGUGUGCAGUUGCAGGCAUUAUGGAAAAGCGUGGAGGGCUCACAGAAAUUCCUCCCGGCUGUACCCGGGCGACACAUUGUGUUGGAAACAGGUCACUGGGCGGAGCUGGACUCGGCCACUUGGAAGCCAAAGCGACCGGUACAUAUCGUCUUGUUGAACGACCAUUUGUUGGUGGCCGCCAAGAAGCGCAAGCGUGUGGACCAAAAUCAACCCGCUCACCGUGGACCGGUCCCUACUAAACUGGUUGCGGAAGAGUGUUGGCCACUACAAGACAUCGAUAUCAUUGACUUGGCAACAAAUCUGGGAACUGGCGCGGCGCGAGCGGAGGCUUUGGAUCGCGGCAUUGCCAAUGCAAUCAGUAUCCGCGUAGGGUCUAAGCCAUUUACCUAUCGCCAAGACAAACGCGAUACAUCCACCAAAAACGAACUGCUCGCGACCUUUCGCAAAACAGUGGAGGAUCUCCGACGGAACUUGCGCUCAGAAACCGAAGCCGCAAGCAAACCUCUGGAGUCUUAUGGAUACCUCACCGGACGACACACCUCGUACCCUCAAAAAGCCGAUCAGUUUGAGUUGACGGAUAGCCCACGCGACAAAUCAGAUGUGCGCAUUGAUGUGGAUGGCAAGCAACAGAACCUUCGCUGGGUGGAGGGACAAAUCGACGAGCUUGACAUUGACAUCGCGCUGCAGCGAUUCGAGGCUGCAGUGUCCAGCAUCGAACGACUUCGAAAGCUGGCCAAGGGACUGAAAGGAAAUGCCAUGGCCCAGGACGUGAUUAAUGUGAAGAUUGAUGGACGAGCAACUCGACUCGCUGGGAUACUCUCCCGUGCACUGGUCGACACCCACUCAUUUCCUACGGCGACCAAGACUAAUGUCACUUGGCUAAGUCGUUUAGGAUUCGAGGAUCAGGCCCGUGAGACCUAUCUGAGGGCUCGAACUGAUAUUAUCGCCAAGCGCAUUCGGGCUUGCGUGUUUGAGGGUGACCUCCCUCUCUAUAUCUUCCAAAUCUCAUACGUCUACUUCAGUCUCAUCAAGAACACGGUCGGCAUCUACCAGAAGUGCUUCCCCAGCUCAAUGUCCAGCUCCUCUAUCCGCUGGGCCAAGCAACAUCUGGAUGGCUUCAACGCCUUGCUCAGUCGCCAGCUUAGUAGUGUGCAACGAGGCACAUCGAUAUGGGAUAAGUGUCUGGAUAUCGUGCACGAGCAUGCGGCACAUUUGAAUAGCGUGGGCAUUGACUUUACAGACUUGGUUGCACAAGGACUAGAGGAUCCCAGUGAGACUGGUGGUCCACGGGCUAUUCAGCCUGGUGAACUUGCCGCGCCAUCCACCCUGGCCAAUCUAUAG